CUCCUCGCAAGGAAAAAAAAUAGACUAUCAUUACUCCGCUGCACCGAGGGAUUAGCUAGGGUUUAACGAGCCGCGCCGAGCACCAUGACGGCCACAUCGGCGGCGGCGGAGGUGGACGCGGAGACCAGGAGCAUCCUCGAGCGGGCCGCGGCGUCCUCCUUACCGCCGCUCCCCGCCGUCCACCACCUCCUCUCCGUCGGGGUCUGUGUCCGAUGCAUAUUUCGCAUGUUUGGAUCCUUUAGCCAUGCCUGCUCAUGCACCUCUCUUACGGUGUCAGUCUUACAUUCAUUUCUUGAAGAGCAUGAUGAUUCCGUGAAGAGUGGGUCUUGCUCGUGUUUGUCGACUGAUGAAACAUGUUGCUCUGUUUGCUUUGGAAUAUUGCUACCCACCUGCCAUCAGGAUGAUGGUGUAACACCAUUUGAUGACACUUCUUGUAUUGACAUCAUCACUUCAAUGGUAUCUCAAGCAGUCCAGAGAGAGGGCUAUCAAAUCGAUGAGUUCUCUUUAGAAAUUUCACUGCCUGCAGUUGUAGCAGCUAAUGAACGUGCCAUCAGGUUAUACAUGAAACAAAAAUAUGGCAAUGAAAAUUGGUUCAAGGACGAAAUAUUUUCUCAACAAACCAUGCCAGUGAAGGAGGCCCUGAGAUUUUUGAUAGUGCCAUCACUUGAGAAACAACUGGGUGUUAAGCAUAGUAACAAUUCAUUUCGAAUCCGCUUAACAUAUACUCAUGAUGAUGCUUCGCUGAAGCUUCAUAGUUUAUUGCCAAAUGACCGUAGUCAUAAAAGAAAAACUGAGUCAAGAGGAGGAACUGACACUAGACGGAAUUCAACAUAUGAUGAUAAACAGAUAUUAAGCGAGACAGAUUCAUUCAUCCAUAAGACCCUUGACGGUAUUCAAGAUCAAGAGUUCUGUAGUUUAUUUCAGUUGCCUCCUGAGAAGCUGGUCAAACCAUGCAAUCUUGUGAUAUCCUGCCUAAGGUCACCCAUAUAUAUUGGUGGAAGAUACUUGAAGCUUUCAAGAAAUGUGAGUCAGUCAUGUUGGAUAAUUGAUGAUGAAAGAAUGGGUGAAGCAUCAGUUGAGGAGAUAAUUGGAGAGAAUGUCCGUGCCAUCUGCAGAGGUGAUGGCUGCAAGUUCCAUGCUGCUGGAAGAGAAGAUAUCGAUGUACGGAUGCUUGGAUCUGGUCGUCCAUUUCUAAUUGAAGUCUUGAAUGUGCGGUCUAUCCCAUCUGCGAAUGAAGUUCAACAAAUUGCUGAGAAGAUUAAUAGCUCCGAAAAGAAAUAUGUCAGAGUUAGAAAUCUCAAGUUGGUAAACAGUGAAAUAUGGUCCAUGAUGCGUGAAGGAGAAGCGGAGAAACAGAAGCAGUACGCUGCCCUCAUAUGGACUUCUAGGCCUCUGACGGAUAAUGACCUGCAGAAGAUUUCUGUUGUUAAGGAUAUGGAAAUUGUACAAAAUACCCCAAUAAGGGUUCUUCAUCGAAGAAGCCCAUUAGAGCGGAAACGGAUUAUACAUUGGAUGGAGAUUGAGAAAGUUGAGGGCAGCUCAAACUAUUACUUGCUGCAUUUGUGCACUCAGGCUGGAACAUACAUUAAGGAGUUUGUGCACGGUGAUCUUGGGCGCACAAAUCCAAGUAUUGGUGCCAUAGUAGGUUGCAGGGCCGAGAUACUGCAACUCGAUGUCACUGAUGUCAAAAUGGACUUGCUGCAAUAAUAUGCUAUUGGUAGAGGAGACGUACUCAUGUGCCAAGAUUCCUGUGGAAAAGACAAGUGGCCGAUGGCCAGUGCGCAAGGAAUGACAGACUGAUUCUUUUCAUCAUUUGGAAAAUCUACACCAACCAGGCAGGGAACCAGCAACAGUUUUGAGAAAAUUGAGGACUGUGACCCCAUUUGGCUCCUAUGCUUUCCCCAGCAACAAUUUUGAGAAAGUUGAGGAACUGACCCCCAUUCGUCUCCAUUGUUUACCUUGUAUGUCACCUUGUGCAGUUGUACUAAAAAUCACCUGCCCCGCAAGAGAAAGUACGAACAUCACAUGGGAAGCUUGUAAGCUUGCGUAAAGUCGGAUUAACGGCGAAUAAAUUUAAAUUUGAGAA